AUGUACUUAUCUCACUUAAAUUCUUCUUUGACUACAGGCUUUGAUGGAGUUGAGAUCCAUGGGGCUCAUGGCUACCUACUUGAUCAGUUCAUGAAAGACCAAGUAAAUGACCGAACAGAUGAAUAUGGUGGGAGCUUACAAAAUCGUUGUCGCUUCCCUCUAGAAGUAGUUGAGGCUAUUGUCAAUGAGAUUGGAGCUGAUAAAGUUGGGAUGAGGCUCUCACCUUUUGCAGAUUAUUUCAGUUCUGGAGACUCAAACCCAGAAGCUCUUGGCCUUUACAUGGCAGAAUCCCUUAACAGAUACAGGAUUCUCUAUUGCCACAUGGUAGAGCCAAGGAUGAUUAAAAUUUUGGAAAAGGCUGUAACUCUCCACAGUCUUCUACCCAUGAGAAGGGCUUUCAAUGGCACUUUUAUUGCAGCUGGGGGCUAUGAUAGGGAAGAUGGGAACAGAGCAAUUGCUACCAACUACUCAGAUCUUGUGGCUUAUGGUCGCUUCUUCUUGGCCAAUCCAGAUUUGCCAAAGAGGUUUGAGCUUAAUGCUCCUCUUAACAAGUACAAUAGAAAAACAAUGUACAUACCCGAUCCCGUAAUCGGUUACACUGACUAUCCAUUUCUUGAUUCUACGACUCCAAAUUCGGAAACGUAA